AUGGCCAACAAACUGAGUUUGAUUAUCUUUAUGGCUGUGAUUGCCGUAGGACUGGCUUCAACCACCACAAUGGCAACCACCAGAGAACCCAUGGCCACCACCACUGAAAAGCCCAAGAUUGAUAGUCCCAUGAAGUCCUUGGAUCGCCGUGACAAACGCCAAUUGACUGCCAAUGGCGGGCAGACCAGCCUGGCUGGGUCCAGUGGCAACUUCCCCAUUUUCUUCGACGGGCUGAGCGUGAACCCCCCGCUGCAGCCCCUGCCGCCCCUCCAGCAGCUGCAGCCGCUGCAGCCCAUCACCGUGGUGACGCCCGUGGCCUCCAACUCGAACGCACAGAGUCAGCAGCCGCAGUCCGGCUGGCUGCCCGGAUUUGGCCAGAAUCUGCCCAUAAUCGGCACCUGGGUAGGUGGGCUGCCCGGUCUGAUCAGCGGCCUGGGAUUGGGCGGGCUGAACGGCGGCUUCGGCACUCUCGGUGGCCUCAAUCUGGGCAAUCUGGGCCUGGGCGCAGUGGCUCCAGUGGCUCCUGUCUCACCGGGGCAAAUCGGCGGCUCGUCACCCAAUCCCCAGACCAGCUGUCCGCUCACCCAGAAGCUCAGCUGCCGCUGUGAGCCGCUCAUUCAAUUGCCGGGACUAAAGCCCGGUGGCAAUCCGUUGAGGUCCCAGCUGGUGCAGAUCCUCCGGCAGAAUGCCCGGAAAAACGACGAUGGCUCGCAGGAGAUGCGGGUGAUCCUGAGCAGCGGACAUGUGAUCUACCAGCGCACCGCCAAGGAUCUCGGCCAGACCGGCUACCUGGCCAUGAGGAUCCAGUCGGGCAGGUACUUCAACAUCUACUACAGCGUCAACGAGAAGGAGUACACGGUGCGGGCGGAUGUCAAGGACACGCCCCCCACCUCCGAUUUCGACGACGAGCUGAGCGGCCAGCUCUAA